GUCUCUAGUUGUCAUGCGCCCCGAGGCAGAUUGGGCGCCUUGCAUGGGUGAUGUUCCUGCCUGCUGUAGAUUCCGUGGAGGGACCUCUUCGGGGUACCUAGUGCUCGAUACUGGCUUAGCACUAAGCCUUCUGGGUACCUAGCAGGUACGGAGCCCAGUUGCUGGAGGGCAGCUCAGGUGUUAUUACAGUACCAGGUCCCUAAAGGCUCGGCGGGGCGCGACCAGCCACAGACGAGGCAUCGUAGAGGGGCAUCAAGACACUCUCCUUACCCCACCCCCUUUCCAGGCUGGUUUGACAACUCUACUCUACUCUACUUCUACUCUGCUCUGUUACGAGUACACUCUACCUCUUACGCUUCGAAUCCUCUACAGUCCCUCUCCCGACCUCUACCAAGAAAACCCACCUAAUACCGCUGAAUCUUUCGCAACUUCAAAAUGGAUCGCAUCAAGGAGAAAAUGAACUCGCUCCGCUUGGAGGCUGAUGAGGCCAUUGCCAAGGUGGAGGAGCUCCAGACCAAGGUCAAGACUCUCGAGCAGGAGAACCUGGCCAAAGAGCAGGACAUUACUUCUCUGCAACACAAGAACGGCCUCCUUGAGGGCGAGGUCGAGAAGCUGGAGACUGCCAUCAAGGACUUCAAAAAGGUAGCCGAUGAGGGACAAGAGCACGGAACCCAGAACGAGACACUGCAGCGACGACUGCAGCUGCUCGAAGAGGAGGCUGAGGAGGCCGACAAGACUCUGCGCGAGGCUAACGAGAAGCUCCGACAAACUGAUGUCAAGGCCGGCCACUUCGAGCGCAAGGUCCAGGCCCUUGAGAAUGAACGCGACCAGUGGGAGCAGAAGUAUGAGGAGAUGGCAAAGAAGCACACCGAUCUGCAGAAGGAGCUGGAGGAGCUCCAGAACGAGAUUGGAAACAUUUAA